AUGGAGCUGCGCGGAUUGGGAGGGCUAAAUGAGACAGCAGCCAACAAAGAAGUCCUUGAAGCUGGUAGGGAUGACAUCGUUUCCUCAGGAGCAGCCAGUCAUUGGGCCAGGAAGAAAAAACAGGAUGUGUUCCAAGAAUUCGCAGAGCCAGUUAAGAAUGUUCUUCAGGGAAACAGAGAAAGAUUGUCAAGGAUGAUGAACUCAUCUUUCUGUGCCAUGGAGGAAAAAGUUAAGGAUGUUCUGGAAACCCAGUAUGAACAAAGAGAGAAACUUUAUCGAGAAUAUUCUCUUCAGGUUACAAAUUUGAGUAGGAAGUUAAACAUGGAUGCAAACCAAGUCAAGAAACAUGCUGAGAAACUCUCUAAUAUGUUUAUGGAGCAACAGAAGUUUAUUCAUGAAUCUCUCACUCUUCAGAAGAACAGAAUGGAGGAAUUUAAAUCCCUGUGUGAAGAAUACUUGCAGAAAUUUGAGGCGCUGAGGGAUUCUCGGGGAAAUUCCAUUGCUGAAGAGCUGAGAUGUCUCAUGGCCACCUUGGAAAUAGAACUUCUGAUGCUACAUAGCCAGCAAGAGACUGCUGCUGCUCCACAGUCUCUCCUGGAUAUGUUAUUCUCAUAAUACCUUGGAGCACAAAAGUCAAUACGAGGGGAGCAGAAAUAAGCUCGGUGAAGCUACUUGUGGUGAUGUUUGCAGCUCCAGUGACUAGAUCUACUCGUGUCUUCCUCCUGUUCCUCAAGGUGCUCCUUUCUGUUAAAACCCAAAUAAACCCAAGGAUUUGUGUGACAGCAGCGCAAAUAUGUCUGUUGGAAGCUCCAGCCCUUGGGUACAAAUGUCAGACUUUCCUUCGUAGCAUCGAAAUUAAGGGUUAGCACACAUUAGUGUUGAUAUAGUGGAUUAUCAUACCUGAGCGUCAUUGUGCCAAAUUAGAAGGCCCACAAGUGGGCCAUCCUUGUCAUGUCCAGAUAAAUAAUUAAAGAAGAUGCAGUCUUUUCUUUUACGUUAUGCUCUUAAAUGUGUUCAGUGAUGGAGCCUAUGGAACUGACCUUAAGCUCCCACAGGCAGCGUGCUCUUAAAAAGACUGUGCCUCAGAAACAGUUAAACUAGCACAAUUCAUCAAACCUCCCAAGGAAGAAAGAUGUGAGGAGUAAUGUGACUUGAAUCUGUGGAAAUGUCAUUUGCAGACAACAUUUACAAGGUCUUUCAAUUAAAUGUGUCUGUCACACUAAGAGGUGAUUCUGAAUGGGAAUACAGCUUAAUUCACCAUGGUUUAUUAAUUUCCUCGCUUGUAUGGAUAGGAGUAACUGAGAAUGUUCUGUUUUUGAAAGUUAUCGAAAUUUCAUGUCGCAUGUGAUCAUCAGGGAUAUACGAGGUCUCCUGUACAGCUAAAGCUCGUGUCCUGUGAUUUCCUGUAUGUAUACCCUGGGAAAUCUUUACUUGGGAACAUUUGAUU